CCUCUAUGUCUUGCUGCUAGUGUAAACAGCACUCAAAAACAAAUUUAAAAAAUGACAACGGAAUCGAUACCAACAAAGAUAGAAAACGCUAAAGUUAUCAAGUCGUUUGAUGACGGUUAUAAUGUCAGAGAAAUGACACUCGAAGACGCGGAAACCGUGCAAAAUGUAAGUAUUUAAAAUAAAAGGAAGAGAAAAAUGAGGAAAGACGGAGCAUUUUUUAAAAUUGCUAUAGGCCUUAAACUCAUAUUUGUAAAACAACCAACAGUGGUUCGCCUCCUCUUAUUCGAACGUUUGUAGGCACGAUUUGUUAGUGGCUCUUAAGACUUUCCCCAGGAAUUCAGGGUUCUAUAUGGGCGAAAUAGACGGUGUUACAGUCGCCAGCGCCUUUCGAACAGCUGUUGGUACAGGGAUAUUUUUCGGUAGUUACUAUUAUGUUAAAAAGGAGUAUAGGAAGAGGGGUUUUGGCACUCGCUUGAGAGACCAAGUGGCUAGAGAUCAUGUUGGCAACAAUAUAUUAGUUGUUGACGCGACUGACGAUAGUAAAACUGCUAAUGAGGCAAAAUUUGGCUACAUUAAGGCUCCCUUUCAAAUUGUUCGACUUAGCGGACCGUCUCGUAUUGAGGUUAAAACUGAAAAUAUUACUUUCGAAACGAUUACUAAAAAGCAUUUUGAUGAUAUUAUUGAUUACGACAACAACUGCUACAUCCAGGCAAAUUAUCCAAUAAGAAGAGCUUUUCUGUUAAAAUGGCUAUUCGAUAUUGAGGGCAGUCGUUCCGUUGUGGCUUUUGCAAAAGGAAAAAUUGUAGGAUAUGGGCAGAGGAGGCCAACUGAAGGAUGCGUUAUGCAUUUUAUAGGGCCUCUAUAUGCCGAUAGUGAUGAAAUAGCUAUGGGCAUACUCUCAGAAUUAGGCAAAGGGUUACCAGAAGGUAAUAAAUUCUAUUUACAUGCCUACUCUGCCAACAAAAGUUGGAUGAAAUUAUUAAACGAGAAGAGCUAUGAAACUGUAUUCUCCGCUCAAAGAAUGUAUUUAAAUGGUAAUCCGAAAGACUACAAACCAAACGUUUACAGUACUACCUCUCUUGGGGUUUUAUCUUUCUAAGGGAACAGAUAGGGGAAGAAAACAAGCAUUACUUACCCAUUCAUUUUCACUUUCAGCGAUGGGAACUACAUCCAUAUGAGCUGUUAGCAUGAACGGCUUCAGGGAAGAAUUUUUUCCCUCAAUUUUAUAUAAAAGACUAUAUUCAUUGACAAUUUCAAACUCGACCAGCGAGCUAUUAUGUAGCAGAGGAAAGCCUGUCAAGUUAAAAAUAUAAUGAUGAUUAGCUAUUUUAAGAAAUGAAUGUAAUAAUUGCAGUAACAGCUUCCUGUACUAAAAAUCAUUAAAUUUUCAGUUUACUAACCCGGUAAAUGGCAUUAAAAUAUUAUAAAAAGAAUAUAGAAAAUAACCUGAUAUCCUACAGAUAACACGAAGAGGCAAUGCCCGCUUUAUAGAGCAUUGCCCCCAAAUUUUUGAAAGUAACUUCAAAAUGAAUACAUAAUAUUACAUAAUAAUUGAUUGAAAUGAAUACUCUUUUUUUUUCUUAAAAAGCACACUUCAAGUUGAUAAUUAGGUUAGAAAAAAAUUUCCAAGGUUGAAUGACAUUUGUUGUGUAGUAACUUAAGAAUUACUUGGAAGUAUGCUAUUCUUUGUAUGUGAUUAUAACACAUAGCUAUUUAUAAAUAGUGUACUGUUACAAUGAAUAAAUUUUUUGUUAGUCAAUUGUAACAGAAAAGGAAGAAUUCCUCUAAAUGCUUAAAUUUUGCGCACAAAAAAAUCAAUUUUUUUCUUAUUUAUCUCUAUAAGUCCUACUAAAUUAAUAGGUUUGCAUAGAUACAGAAACUACGCCUAGUUUCAUUGAAUAAUUGAGAAAAGUCUAUUUAUAAGUCUCUUUUUUUAAAUGGAAUAAUAAAG